AUGGCAUCCAACCCGGGAGCACGCUGCUGCACCAUUGGCGUCACGCACGAGGGCCAAGCCAAGGGCGAGCUCAAGGACAUUGAGGACGUCAACUGCUACUUCUCCUAUCCCGAGGACAAGUCAACGGCCAACGCCAUCCUCCUCCUGCCCGAUGUGAUCGGACACAAGUUCAUCAAUGCACAGCUCCUCGCCGACCAAUUCGCCGCCAACGGCUACUUUGUCGUCAUGCCCGACCUCUUCGAAGGCGACCCCAUCCCCCUCAACCGCCCCGAGGGCUUCGACAUCAUGGAAUGGCACAGCAAGUCCGGCCCGCAAGGGAAGGGCCACGGACCGGGGCAAGUCGAUCCCAUCGUAACAAAAGUGAUCAAGGAGAUGAAGGGGAAUCUCGGCGUGAAGAAGAUCGGCGCCGUUGGCUACUGUUUCGGCGCGAAGUCUGUCGCGCGCUUCUCGGCCAAGGGCAAGGGCGUUGAUGUCGCCGCCAUGGCGCAUCCGUCUUUCGUCGACGCCGCGGAGAUUAAAGCGAUGGAGGCGCCCUUGAGCAUCGCUGCUGCCGAGACGGACCAGAUCUUCCCCGCGGAGAAGCGUCGGGAAACGGAGGAUAUCCUGAAGGAGCAUCACAUUCCUUACCAGGUCUGCCUGUACUCGGAUGUCGAGCACGGCUUUGCUGUUCGCGGUGACCCGAAGAACCCCAAGGCCAAGUUCGCAAAGGAGGCCGCUUUCCUGCAGCACGUGCAGUGGUUUGACGAGUACCUCAAAGGCAAGCGCGAUAUUGCUGCGUAA